UUUACCGCCCUCCCGCCUGCUGCCGGCCGGCCGUGCGGGGAGCGGAGCACCGGGACCGGGACUCGAGUUUGUGUCGCUGUCACGGGGCUUUAAACCGGAGGAGGGCGGACAGGGAGGACCGGGACCGAGGAGCGCGCGAGUCACUACUAGAGGAGAGAGAAAGAGAGAGGGGGGGGGAGGGUGAUAAUGUGCGCGCACACAACGGGGAAAGACGCGCGCGUGCCAGUCAUAGAGACUUGGUUACUGGAGGACGGGGUCGCUCCGUGAAGCAGGGAAUGCUGCGCUCUUCUUCUGUGCUCUAAAGUAGAGAAGAAGAAGGUGAUGUACCCGCUGGACCGGAUGGAGACGGGGACACCUCAGAGGAAGACAGUCUACCGGAUCUCCCUCACCCUGGUGAAGAGGGAGGGAUUAGAUGAUGGCGGUGAAGGUUGGGCGCCCACCCCCGACCCCACCCAGCGCGCCGCCCCCCUGGAGCAGCUGGAGGAGGUGGAGGAGGACCUGCCGUCGUCCCGCGGCUACAUGAGGAACUUCAGGACCUUUAGCACGGGCCAGCUGGAGCUGGCGAGACUCAAGCUGUCCAGGAGGCGGGGCUUAACAAAGGAGCCGAGGGCCACUGGCCCCCCGUACGCAGAGCAGAAGAAGAGACUCCAGAAGGCCUCAAGCGUGGAGGAGAGAAGCUGCGAGCCCCCUCGCUCCCACAGCAACGGGAAGGCCGCCUCCACCCCCGAGGCUCCGCCCCCCAAGCUCGCGCCCGACCUGCUGCGCCGCAGCUUCAGCUUCAGGCACUGGCCCGGCGGCGAGCUGCUGCGUCUGCGGGCGGCGUCCAAAGCCAAGGACCACAGCGGCUCUGGGCGCGUUGGCGCCGAGGAGCGAGCGGAGGACGGCGCCGGCGAGAAGGAGGACGCGAGCUGCAAGGACGCCGCCGAAAAGGACUGCGGCGUGCAGGAAGGUGGGCCCUCCGUCCUGCCGCCAUCGUCGCGCCCCGACCCCACCAGACAGAAGAGCAGCACUCUGGAGGUCGGGGCCCUCCUGAACAAGACGGACUCCGCGGCCGAGCUGAGUCGCCGCGGCAACAAGAACCGCACACUGGACAACAGCGACCUGCUGCGUCUGGCGGCCAAGCGGGAGGAGGAGGAGGCGGUGGGAGGCGGCUUCCUGCUGAGGGCGGGCACGGGCCGCUCAAGCGAGAGGCGCCUGGUCCGCUUCUUCAGCGGGAUCUUCUCCAGGAGGGAGGGGGCGUCGGCCUCCACCCCGGCAGGAAGCCCCGCCUCCGAGCGGGCCCGGCGGAGGAGUGGCAGGGUGGCCGCGGCGCAGUCCAGCGCGGAGAGCGUCAAUGAAGAUGCGUUCGUGAACAGUCAGGAGUGGACGCUGAGUCGCUCGGUGCCAGAGCUCAAAGUGGGCAUUGUGGGUAAUCUGGCCAGUGGUAAGUCGGCGCUGGUCCACAGGUACCUGACAGGGACCUACGUCCAGGAGGAGUCCCCUGAAGCUGACGUGGACGCAGGCGGGCGCUUCAAGAAGGAGAUGGUGGUGGACGGUCAGAGUCACCUCCUCCUCAUCAGAGACGAAGGAGGUCCCCCAGAAAUUCAGUUUGCCCUGUGGGUGGACGCCGUGAUCUUCGUCUUCAGCCUGGAGGAUGAAAGCAGCUUCCAGACGGUCUAUCACUACUUCAGCCGCCUCGCCGCCCUCAGGAACGCCACGGAGCUCCCGCUGGUCCUGGUGGGCACGCAAGACGCCAUCAGCUCGGUCAACCCGCGCGUCAUCGACGACGGCCGCGCCAGGAAGCUCUCCAACGACCUGAAGCGCUGCACCUACUACGAGACCUGCGCCACCUACGGCCUCAACGUGGAGCGCGUCUUCCAGGACGUGGCCCAGAAGAUCGUGGCCACCAGGAAGAAGCAGCAGCUCUCCAUCGGGCCGUGCAAGUCGCUGCCCAACUCGCCGAGCCACUCGUCGGUCUGCGCCCCGCCGGUGUCCGCCGUGCACGUCAGCCAGACCAGCAACGGCGGCGGCAGCCUCAGCGACUACUCGUCCUCGGUGCCGUCCACGCCCAGCACCAGCCAGAAGGAGCUCCGCAUCGACGUGCCGCAGACCACCAACACGCCGACGCCCGUCAGGAAGCAGUCCAAGCGGCGCUCCAACCUCUUCACCUCCAGGAAGGCCAGCGAGCCGGACAAGAAGGGCCCGGAGGGUCGGGCCGACAGCAUCGGCAGCGGCAGAGCCAUCCCCAUCAAACAGGGGAUGCUGUUGAAGAGAAGCGGUAAAUCUCUUAACAAGGAAUGGAAGAAGAAGUACGUGACGCUGUGUGACAACGGACUGCUCACCUACCACCCGAGCCUGCACGACUACAUGCAGAACGUCCAUGGGAAGGAGAUCGACCUGCUGAGGACCACGGUCAAGGUGCCGGGCAAAAGGCCGCCUCGCGCCGUCUCCACGGCAACCCCGAAAACCAACGGCCUGGCGAAGGACAUGAGCGGCCUCCAGCUGGGACAGACAGGUCAGGUGACCAGCAGCUCGUCGGCGUCCCAGAUGGCGAGCGGCGUGAGCCUGGUGUCCUUCAACAGCCGCGGCCUGGAGGGCAUGCACCAGCGCUCCUACUCCGUGUCCAGCGCCGACCAGUGGGCCGACGCCACCGUCAUCGCCAACUCUGGAGUCGGCUCAGAUACCGGCCUGGGGGACCCGACGUGCUCCAGUCCAAGUCUCACCAGUACCACCAGUCCCAAGAUGGAGCCGCCGCCAUCACCGCACGCCAACCGCAAGAAGCACCGGAGGAAGAAGAGCACCAGCAACUUCAAGGCCGACGGCCUCUCUGGUACUGCAGAAGCCAGGCGUAGAGUGUGGAGACUUAGCCGCGUCGGUAGUCUACGCAGCAUUUACACCACCAGUCUGCUCCACUCGGAAGGUAAAGAACAAGAUGAGAACUUUGAGCUAACCAUCGUGUCCCUGACGGGACAGACGUGGCACUUUGAGGCGGCGUCCUACGAGGAGCGGGACGCCUGGGUCCAGGUCAUCGAGAGCCAGAUCCUGGCCAGCCUGCAGUCGUGUGAGAGCAGCAAGAACAAGUCUCGUCUGCCGAGUCAGACGGAGGCCAUGGCGCUGCAGACCAUCAGAGGUCUCCGUGGCAACGGGCGCUGCGCCGACUGCGAGGCUCAGAACCCGGACUGGGCCAGCCUCAACCUGGGGGCGCUGAUCUGCAUUGAGUGCUCCGGGAUCCACCGUAACCUGGGCACCCACCUGUCCCGGGUCCGGUCCCUGGACCUGGACGAGUGGCCCCUGGAGCUCCUCAAGGUCAUGUCGGCCAUCGGCAACGAGCUGGCCAACGGCGUGUGGGAGGCCAACGCGCAGGGCCGCCUCAAGCCGGCGCCGGACGCCAGCAGGGAGGAGCGGGAGCGCUGGAUCCGGGCCAAGUACGAGCAGCGUCUGUUCGUGGCGGCGCUGCCCGGCGCCGAGCUCUCCCUGGGUCAGCAGCUGCUGAGGGCCACGGCCGAGGAGGACCUGCGCGCCGUGGUCCUGCUGCUUGCUCAUGGGUCCAGGCAGCAGGUCAACGAGACCUGCGGGGACGGAGACGGACGCAACGCGCUGCACCUCGCCAGCCGCAAGGGCAACGUGGUCCUCACGCAGCUGCUCAUCUGGUACGGCGUGGACUUGAUGGCGAGGGACGCCCACGGUAACAGCCCGAUGGCGUACGCCCGGCAGGCGAGCAGCCAGGAGGUUGUCGACGCACUGACCCAGUACGGUUGCCCCGACGACCGCUACCCGCUGAUGGCCACGCCCAACCUGCCGCGCCGCAACACCAACCGUAACAACAGCGCCGGCGGCUCGGCGCUCAUCUGACGCCGCCGGGCCGGGCGGACAUGAAACGACUUCCUGUUGUAGGACGCCAGUAGCCGGGAGGAACCCCACGGCAUUGUGGGAGACGUGGCUGGCUUGUUUGGGAGAUGGGUCACUUGAGCCCCCCCCGCAAUCCACUUGACAACGUACCUCAUCUUUAAUUUAACGUGUGAAUGUUCACCUUGUGGGCGGGACUAACACUCUGAACCAAUCAUAUCGUCUCCUCAGAGAGAACCUUCUAUUGUCUUUUGAAAGUAUCUGGAUGUUUUAAGGGAACGAGGGAGCAGAGGAGUGAAGGAUCGCAUGCCCCCCCCCUCCCACCCGCUGCUCCCUGGGGGUCCACCUGGACCGCUGGUUCUCCCGGGUUCUGGUCUUGUUGAACAGGACUAAUAACGGCUUCUUUUCUUCUCCACUUCAAAACAAAGAUGGCCACCACGGACGACCAGAACCAGAAGUUUCUGUUUUAAAGCCCCAUAAAGAACAAGAAAUGAACAUGAAUCCUUGUAAAUAUUAGCGUUCAGAUGGAAAGUGACUCUGGAUUCUCUUCAACCUUUUGGGGUUAUUUAUUUAUUGUAAAGUUUGUGUUUUUGUUUGAUUAUUUUUCUCUGUGACUGAAAUGUGAACCUCGGGGUUCUGAUGGUUCUGAAGUUUAAAAAGGGUAAUCUUCUUCUUCUCUGUGGAAUAACCGCUGUAAUGUUUCCUCCCGUCCAAUCAGAAGGUCUCCCUGAUCGGCCAGUGAAUCAUUAGGAAGGGCUUCUUCUUCUCUGGUCUGUGGACCUCCUUGUAAAGCGCCCCCCCCCCUCAGUGCGUCCACGGGGACACAGGAAGUCGUUACCUGAGCAGACCAAGUCGCUUUGUUCUGUUCGUGGACCCCCCCCCCAAAAGGGCUGGAUCCAGGACCUGGAAGGAUCACAUGUCGAAGCAAUAUUCCCGACUCAUCCCGACCUCCCCGCUGCCAUCUGACCCCUGCCCCCCCCUACACACACAAAUGCACUAAAUCACUAAAUCACUCCGUCCGUCUUCACUCUUCCCCCCAUCGUGUUUUAACGCUAACGUUAGCAUGCUAACAUGCUACGGUUUACCUGUAAAGGUACAGCUAGUCAGCUGAUCUCUGUUGAAGCUUCCUCACAACUAAUGACAAAUAAAGAUGAAAUCAUUUUCUAUCUUUAUAUAACGACUGUAGAGACUUAAGUUGAGACGGAUGACCAGUAACAAAUGUUAAUGAACUAACUCACUACUAUGAGACGUAAUCAUGACAUAAUGACUCGUCCUCAUUGUUGAGUUAUCACAUGGUUAUAUGAGUAAAUAACUCAUUAUGAGUCAUUUACGUAUUAUUUCGAGUUAGUAGGUCGUAGUGGUGAGUUAGUAGGUCAUAGUGGUGAGUUAGUAGGUCAUAGUGGUGACAUCCUGGUGCCUGGGAUUAAAAAGGCUCCAUAAAUCAGGUGUUCUCACAGAAGUUUCCUCAACAUCUCCGACAGGCGCUAAUAUUCUUUUUAAUUCAUUCAUAUUCAUGUUUCCGCUCAGCUGUAAAUAUGUUGAUGCUCACUUUUAGCCCUAAGCCCCGCCCACCCGGGCUGCUCCCACGUUAUUUAUGAACAAACCCUGUUGUACAUUUUUCUCCCUCCGAAGUCCAUGCGGGUUUUUAUUAUGAUUUAUCAUUCAGACUCGUUAUUGAUCCCGUUAUUCUAAUAAUUAUUGUUUUUUUGUUGGCUGUACAGUAAUGUUGUUUAAAAAGUAUCAUUAAUAUGAAGUCUUCUACUGUAAUGUGUCUCUUUCCAAUAAAGACCAGAAAAAUC